AGCACUGGGCAGAGGCUGGUUGUUUUCCUGGAUUCCACGGAGCCUCUUGGCAUGUAAAACACUUAACCCUUGGCUGUCCUCUGUCCACAGACCCUGUGCCUUAGAGCAGCAGCCCCAUGACGGUGUCCAGCCAUGCAAUGUUCCUGGAAGGCUGUCCUCCUCCUUGCCCUGGCCUCCAUUGCCAUCCAGUACACCGCCAUCCGCACAUUCACCGCCAAGUCUUUCCAUACUUGCCCUGGGUUGGCAGAGACUGGCCUGGCAGAGCGGCUGUGUGAGGAGGGACCCACCUUCCCCUAUAACCUCUCUAGGAAGACCCAUGUGCUCAUCCUGGCCACCACACGCAGUGGCUCAUCCUUUGUGGGCCAGCUCUUCAACCAGCACAUGGAUGUCUUCUACCUGUUUGAGCCUCUCUACCACGUCCAGAACACACUCAUUCCCCGCUUCACCCAGGGCAAGAGCCCGGCAGAUCGUAGGGUCAUGCUAGGGGCCAGCCGGGACCUCCUGAGGAGUCUUUAUGACUGUGAUCUCUACUUUCUAGAGAAUUACAUCAAGCCACCUCCUGUCAACCACACCACUGACAGGGUCUUCCGCCGAGGGGCCAGCAGGGUCCUCUGCUCCCGUCCAGUGUGCGACCCUCCGGGGUCCCCUGAUCUGGUCUUGGAGGAGGGGGAUUGUGUGCGCAAGUGCGGCCUGCUGAACCUGACCUUGGCAGCUGAGGCUUGUCGUGAGCGCAGCCAUGUGGCCAUCAAGACUGUGCGGGUGCCUGAGGUAAAUGACCUGCGAGCCCUGGUGGAAGACCCUAGGUUGAACCUCAAGGUCAUCCAGCUGGUACGAGACCCUCGUGGCAUCUUGGCUUCCCGGAGUGAGACCUUCCGGGACACCUACCGACUCUGGCGGCUUUGGUACGGCACAGGGAGGAAACCCUAUAACCUGGACGUGACGCAGCUGACCACAGUGUGCGAGGAUUUCUCCAGCUCCGUGUCCACCGGCCUGAUGCGGCCCUCCUGGCUCAAGGGCAAAUACAUGCUAGUGCGCUAUGAGGACCUGGCCAGAAACCCCAUGAAGAAGACGGAGGAGAUCUACGAAUUCCUGGGUAUCCCCCUGGACGGUCACGUGGCGCGCUGGAUCCAGAACAAUACUCGGGGUGACCCCACUUUGGGCAAGCACAAGUACGGCACGGUGCGCAACUCUGCGGCCACUGCCGAGAAGUGGCGCUUCCGCCUCUCCUAUGACAUCGUGGCCUUCGCCCAGAACGCAUGCCAGCAGGUGCUGGCCCAGCUGGGCUACAAAAUGGCCAACUCGGAGAAGGAGCUGAAGAACCCGGCCGUCAGCCUGGUGGAGGAGCGCGAUUUCCGACCAUUCUUGUGACCCGAGUGUGGUGGGGGUGGGAGGCAGGUGGCGCUGGUUUUGCUGACGUGGACCUACUAUGGACGGUUUUUUAACUGUUGCCUUAUCUCCCUCCUUCCUCUCCCACCCUGUCUGUGUGUCCUUCCCACCCUGUCUGUGUGUCCUUCCCACCCCUGCCCACUCCCCUUCUGCCUCUUUUUGCCCCUGAAAUUUGCACUAUGUCUCGGAGGGGAAUCACUGGGGCAGAGGGCGUGUGAUGUGGGGUACGCCCCCCCACCCCAUUCAGACACAAGGCUGUUGGGUCUCUAUGUGGAUGGGGACAAUGUUUACAGGCACCCACUCACACAUUCACACGUGCACACAGGCACCCACGAGGAGAGGCGCCCCAGCACACAACUUCAAGUUUUGCAGCUGUCUUCUCAAGGUAAGAGGAUGGCUACAAAGGGACCACCUCUCCCCCGUUUAGGAGAAGAGUUCCUCCUUCCCCAGUCCCUGCUUCCUGCCCCAGAUUCCCACUCCCUCCCUUGGAGCAGGGCACCUGUCCCUCCUGCACACCUUUGCCUGGUGGUGAGCAGGGUUUUACUGUGAGGUGAACUGGGACUACUUCCUUUCUAUCUCUGGUUUGUGAUGAGCUUGUCUGUCUGAGUCUUGUGGCUACCCCUGAACCAGUAAUGGCUAAUGAAUCGUAGAAGUUUCUGAUUGAUCUUGGGGUCCCUCUGUGAUAUUUCUUUGUGCCAAAAAAAAGACAAAAAAAAAUGUGGAUCAGUUUGCUAAAUGAAAAUUGAAAUGCUUUAUUUGUGUUUUCUGUAAAUAAAAGUGUGCAGUAUUGUCUGAGUGUGAUUUGGGGGCCUUUGAAUGUUAAGCAAU